GUGAUUCGGGGAGGCGUUUCUCGGCGGCCAGAUGAGCUCCCGGAUGGCCGGAUCGGUCCUCCUCCGCCGCGCCGGCGCUGGCGCCAACCGCCUCUUCGCCACCACCGCGACGUCCCCAGGGGCCAGGACCUCCCUCGCCGGCGGUAAGGGCGCGUUGGUGCGGAUGAUGUCCACUUCCGCGGCCUCGCAGGUGGUCAAGGCGGAAGCGGCCAAGGGCGAUGGUUAGAAGAAGGAGGUGGCGAUCAGCAGCUACUUGGGGGAUCGAGCAGUCAAAGAAGCUGGUGCGUGAGGAAGGCACCGAGUGGAAGUGGUCUUGCUUCAGGCCAUGGGAGACGUACACCGCGGACAUGUCGAUCGAUCUGACCAAGCACCACGUGCCCAACACGAUGCUCGACAAGAUCGCCUACUACACCGUCAAGUCCCUGCGCUUCCCCACCGACAUCUUCUUCCAGGUACGCGUGCUUCCUGGUCUGGUGCCCCUGCUACAUGCACGAGUGCAAGCGUCACGUGGCCAUGAGCAGGCCAGUUCCACGCCAACAAGAUGA